CCUGUGUACUCUCUUCGCUUACUUUCUCCCUCAAAUUCCCAAGAAAAGAAGGCUCGAAUCUUGACCCUGUGAUUUUUCCCUGAGAAAAUCGGAAACAUGAGCCGACACCCUACAGUGAAGUGGGCCCAGAGGUCAGAUGUGCUUUACAUAACUGUUGACCUGCAAGAUGCACAGGAUGUCAAGCUUAAAUUGGAGCCUGAAGGAAAAUUUUCCUUCUCUGCUGCCAGUGGAGCAGAUAAGAUUCCCUAUGAAGUGGACAUUGAUCUGUAUGACAAGGUUGAUGUAAAUGAAAGCAAGGCUAGUGUAGGCAAGAGAAAUAUCUGUUAUCUCAUGAAGAAAGCUGAGAAUAAGUGGUGGAAGAGAUUGAUUAAGCAGGAGGGCAGACCACCUGUCUUUUUGAAAGUUGAUUGGGAUAAAUGGGUUGAUGAAGAUGAGGAACAGGAACAGGAAAAUAAACCUGGAUCUGAUAUGGACUUUGGUGACUUUGACUUCUCUAAACUGAAUAUGGGUGGUGCUACGGGUGAAGGCUUUGAUGCUGGUGAUGAAGGAUUUGACGCUGGUGAUGAAGAUGAUGACAGCGACACAGAAGAUGAAAAUAUGGAGGAAACACUUGAUGCAGAGAAGGAAGGAGCACCACCUUUGAAGAAGAAAGAAGCAGCAGCUUCAGCUAGUGGUGAAGCUGAAGAGAAAAAAGAUUGAAGCCGCGUGCCCAAACUCCUGAGCCACACUAAUAACUAGUUGAGUUGAAAGUUUGACAAACAAAUAUUAUGAAUGCUUUAGUUCUUGAGUGCCUUUCUAGUGGAAACAUUCUCUAGAUUUGUAAACUGUUAUUUCUUGAAAUCAGUUGGUGGAAUUAUAACGUCAAUAGCAGUUGCCUUUUAUAGACACAAUGGCCAUACCUCUCAUGAGGUCUAAUACAAAAGCCCUCAUAGC